AUGAGCAACAACUACAAACUUGCUGACGGGGCGGCAAACUCAUUUGGCGGUAAUGAUAAUAAUGAUGCUGACGAAGUGAAUACUCUUUUGAGCUCCGCUGGAAAACAGGUGACAUUGAUCGGCGGUCAUGGUUUGGAACCAACCUCUAGUUUAAGCCCAUUCGACAUCCAAGUUCAAGAAUGGGUGGAAGUAUUAUUAGAAAACGAGAACACUGCUUCAUCUUCACAAAGCAAGGAGUAUGGCAGAUUAAAUCCAUUGACAAAGUCAACAUGCAUACCUCCAAAUGAUUUUAUAAUAUUUACGGAGAACUAUUUAAGAUCAUCGAAUAAUAAUACCUUGACCGAACAAUUGUCGAAGGAGAUAUCAGCCGAGUGGAAUAACAGACCACAGGCUGAGAAAGAUUAUUAUCAUACUCUCGCCGUUGAAAUUGAAAAAUCUUAUUCAGAACGUCUGUUACUACAACAACGGAGUGAACAACUAUUACCACAACCACGGAGACAAUCGAGCAAUGGGUUCACAUUUGCUUCCCCGAUUGAUCCAAGACCCAACAACGCCUUUCUUGUCGAUAUCCAUCAGGAUUUUUGUUUGUUUCAUUCAGAACUGAACGCACCUCCUACACCGACCUCAAUUCCCAAUAGUCCCUCGGCUGGACCACUCAUGCCUGUGUUCGAUUCAUUCGACCUGAAUGAUGAGGACACAAUGGAUUCAACGAUAGUGGCAAAUGAUGGUUACGACUAUCCGUUCGUCUUUUUCCGAAUGUUCGCAUAG